UGACUCCAACUUCAAGUCGUCGUGAGACAUUCUUUCACUUCGUCUUCAUCCACUCGCGGCGCAAUUGUAUUUCCUCUACUCCUUCUUCAUUCAUGCUUGAUCUACCCUGGUCAAAGGGGCUCCAUCAAACACUCUAAGGGAGUGCCGGCCAGCCGUCUAAGAGUAUCGCUCACAUCCCCUGGGGCGAUCUCGUGGCCGCGAAACUCAAACCGGCGCAAUCUUUCAGUCGCGUUUCCUCCUGAGGCCACCACGAGAUCAAGAGAAACCAAACGCUGGGCAGGACCUAGAUGACGAGCAUAUACUUCUCAAUCAGGCCUCGGCCAUCGCGGUGACACCAGGGGACAUCUAACUCAAUCAUCGCAUAUCGCCGACACUUGACGCGCCUGAUCGUUUGCGUCAACCAGCUGGGUCACAAUCGCAAGUAUUUAUGAACUUGUUGGACUCUGGCAACUUGCGGAAUUAUGUCGACAAAUGCACCCCAGCCUCGGAAAACGCUCGAGCGACUUCCUGACGGCCGACCGCGAUUUCAUGGCUGCUCGAAGAUCACCGAAUAUGAAUAUCUCGGCAAACUGGGCGAAGGCACCUUCGGAGAAGUGUCCAAGGCGCGGUCCAAGAAGACGGGACAAGUGGUGGCGUUGAAGAAGAUCCUGAUGCACAAUGAGAAGGACGGAUUCCCCAUCACGGCACUGCGGGAGAUCAAGUUGUUGAAACAGCUCGACCAUAUCAACAUUCUCAAACUGGAGGAGAUGGCGGUGGAGAGACCGAAAAGCGCGAGCAAGAAACCCAGCAUGUUCAUGGUGACGCCGUACAUGGACCACGACCUUGCGGGACUUUUGGAAAACCGCGACGUGAACUUCACCGAACCGCAAAUCAAAUGCUACAUGAAACAACUGCUCGAGGGCUGCGCAUAUCUGCACGCCAACAAGAUCCUUCAUCGAGACAUGAAAGCAGCCAACUUGCUCAUCAACAAUCGAGGAAUCCUGCAGAUUGCCGAUUUCGGUCUGGCUCGACCGUACGAUGACGACCCUCCCAAGCCGGGCCAAGGAGGAGGCGAGGCCACCCGCGAAUACACUACUUUAGUUGUGACGCGUUGGUACCGACCGCCGGAGCUGUUACUACAAUUGCGCAAGUAUACCACGGCCAUCGACAUGUGGGGGGUUGGAUGUGUUUUUGGAGAAAUGUUCAAGCGACGGCCCAUCCUGACGGGGAACAGUGAUUUGAACCAAGCGCAGCUCAUUUUUGAUCUGGUGGGUUCCCCUACCGAUGAGACCAUGCCUGGUUGGCGAGACCUUCCUGGCUGCGAGAAUUUUGUGAAUUGGGGCAAUAAGCCGUCCAGGCUGGCCACCGUUUUCCACGAACUCAGUCCACAGGGCCUUUCGCUCCUAAGUGAACUGCUCAAACUCGACUGGCGAAAGCGGAUUAAUGCCAUGGACGCCCUUCAACACCCUUAUUUCCACUCGGAACCGUAUCCCGCUCGACCAGAGGACCUCCCUACAUUCGAAGACUCGCAUGAACUCGACCGCAAGAAGUUCCGAGACCAGAAGGCAAAACCGCCUCCUGCUCCUGCUGGGGGGUCUGUGGGUAUAGCGACUCAAGGAGAAUGGGCCAUCAAUGGACGACCGCUCCCGCCGUAUGAAGGCAGGGGUGGUGGACCCGGAAGCAGUGGUGGAAGCGCUGGCACUGGCCCUCCUGGUCCACGAAUUCCCGGCGGCGGCGGUGGUGGCGGACGAUAUGCGAACGGUCACGGUCACAAUAAUUACAAUUACAAGGAUCAAGGAUACAACAACCACAACAACCGCCGCCAAAAUGGUGCCUAUGGACAAUACGAACCCAGUACCGGCCAUCACUCUCGUCCUUCUUACGACCAUCAUCAACAUGGCGGAGGUGGAAGAGUGCCGAUCCCACCACAGGUAUAUGACGAAAGUUAUUCGCGCCGGCAACCACCUUCGUCUAAUACAGGAGAAUUGUCUUCCUUACCCCGUCCCACAGGCGAUCUUGCCUUACCUCCACGUCCUCCUGUGCCUGAAAACGAUCCCUACCGCUACGUCCCGACCGAUGUUUUGACAUCUUCUUCAAGAACCAGAGUCCCAGUCCCAGUCCCUCCUGUUGGUACUGGUUCCUCCCGUCCUGGAUCUAGACAUGGAUCUUUUGGGUCUGUGUCUGGUGGUGGACCUCCAGGAGGGGUGGGCGUGGCUGCUCCUGGACCAGUAUCCCAUGACCGAGACACAUAUAUCCCACCAUAUUCGAGCGCAGAUCCGAAUGCCCGAGUGCCGAACUCGAAACAACAACACCACCAUCGAAAUAAUAAUGCCAGGAGAGGACCCGCUGAUGACUACCGGCAGCAGCAGCCGUACCGUGAUCCAGGUGCUGGUCUCCCAUAUCCUCCACCACCUUUACCUCCGCAUCAGCAUCCCCCUGGUUCUGGUUUGCCGCCGGAUCAUCUAUCUUAUGAUGAUGACAGAGAUGGAGGCAGAGACAGAGAUCGGGACCGAAUCAGGGACAGAGAUAGGGAUCGAGACAGACGGCCCAGAAGCCGCAGUCCCGUCCGUGAUUGGGACAGAGAUGGUGGUGGUCAAGGAGGCUAUCAUCAUCAUCCACAUACCACCGCCCACAGCCACGGUCAUGGUCAUGGUCACGGUCACGGUCACGGUCACGGUCAUCGUUUGGAUAGGGAACGUGAUAGGGGUAGGGAUUUGGUCUAUCAUGAUCGUGACCGCGAGUGGGAAAAGGAAAGGGAAUGGGAUCCUCGGGACCGGGACAGGGACAGAGAUAGGCCGAGGGAUUGGGAGAGAGAUAGAGAUUGGGAAGGUGGUGGUGGUCAAAGACAACGAGACCGAGACCGUGAUCUCUUUCGGGAUCGAGAUCGAGAUCGGGAUAGGGAUCCUAGAUUCGACGGCGGGCCGAGAGAUAGGGACAGGAUGAGAGAUCCCAGGGGUGCUGUAGGGUAGGUACCUACGUAGGGACGUGACAGACGCACUUGGAUCAUGGGGGUUUGAUGUGGCAUGGCAUGGCAUGGCAUGGCGUAGCAUGACCUGGCAUAACAUAGCAAGGCGCAGCAUGGCUUGUACUACUAGUCGUAGUACAGUGACUUGGAACUUGAAAGCUUGACAUGAGGUGAGAUGAAAAGAUCUGCAGUGGCAUAUUGAAUACAAUGCAGUUCUCGUAUCCGUUAUCUAGGGAUACCUCGUGCACGUACUGUGCUAUAACCAUUUCAUCUCUAGAUGAACCCCGAAAACAUGUCGUCAAUCGCA